AUGAAGCCCAGAUACAGGUGCUCACGAAAAGUGACCUGCGGUCUCACUGUAGCACCUUGGUCUUAUGGUGCGAUGUGUAUGCUUCCCCCUCUUCUUGGUGUGACGCACUUUUCCCCAGGGGCUGCUGGCAUGAACUGCGGUCCUGAUUGGAUAAAUAUUUCAACCAUUGGCAUGGUCUACAGUUUGCUGCUGGUCACAGCUGGAUUUUUCGUUCCACUGAUUAUCAUCUCUCUUUGUUACUUCAAGAUCUUCAGGCUCCUCCGUGAAGAUCUCGUUCCAGGUAAUAGACCCAUAAGAUUGCGGCGGAGAAAACGGCAAAUUAAGUUACUGCGACUGACUGUAGUGGCCAUCACUGUGUUUAUACUGAGUUGGUCUCCGUACUGUAUGGUCAGCAUUAUGAGUAUCUUCAGGGGCGAUCAUUUGCUUUCACCCGGCGAAGCUGAAAUUCCUGAUCUUAUGGCAAAAGCGUCAGUGAUCUACAACCCCUUCGUGUACACAGUCAUGAAUAGACGUUUCCGUCUGACGCUGUGGGCGGUUGUAUCUCGUAAGAGUCAUAGACAGCGACUUUCUAGUAAAAGUAAGGAAUCAAGUACUUCUGUGCAUAAUCGUAUCACAGAUAGUAAGAGUUUGAAGGUGGCUUUUAACGUGUAG